AUUUUUAUAUUUCCCACCAUUUUCUACUUGUCUUUCAUCCUUUUUUUUCUUCUGUAGAUCUUUCAUUUCCAUUUUCUUUGGCUUUCUGCCAAACCCUAAUAACUAGUUACUGGACUCUGUCACCAUGUCGCCUUCCUGCUGUGGCGCCGCUGGCGAGAAUGGUUGCGCCCCCGUUGUUGAUCGCGAUCCCCUCGGUGCUGAUAAGUCUGCGCAUUGUAACAGAUCCGAUCGUUCGUCUUCUUAUUUUUCUUCUUCAUCAUCUUCUUCUUCGAUAGUUUACGGUUCAUUGCCGUUGAAGGACUCCGAGAAGCUUCGGAGGAUAGUGAUUGCUUCGGCGAAGGGCUUCAGUAUUGGAGCUGGUCUCAAAGGCGGUUUAGCUCUUUUCUCUAUUUUAGUUCGGUUGAGACGAAGAAAGGCGUUGGCGUCUCUGAGGAAGGAAGGAGUGAUCACGAAUAGUGAGGCAGUCGUUACUGCUUUGAAGGAGACACUGCGAUACGGUCUAUUUCUUGGCACCUUCGCCGGUACAUUUGUCUCGGUUGAUGAGAUUAUAGGCUCUUUGGGAGGUCAUCGUAGGACAGCGAAAUGGAGGGCUCUAUUAGCAGGGGCUAUAGCUGGACCUUCCAUGCUUCUUACUGGGCUUAAUACGCAGCAUAUUAGUUUAGCUAUUUACAUACUUAUGCGAGCUGCUGUAUUAGCGUCUCGUUGUGGGAUUAAAAGCAAACGGUUUGGGAGAUAUUGUAAGCCACUAACAUGGGCUCAUGGCGACAUUUUCCUUAUGUGUCUUUCUUCUUCCCAAAUUCUGUCUGCUUACAUAUUGAAGCAGGAGAGUUUGCCCCCAUCUUAUAAAUCAUUCCUCAAUAAACAUGGUGGAAAGGAUACUGUUAUCUUGAAUGCUGUGAAAGAGAUUGCUUCUGGCAAGCCUUUCAGCAACUUGGAUGCUGUAAAAGAAUAUUACAGAACUGUUGACGUGGACGUUAAACUAGAUCCUGAUAUGAAAGUUCCCUGCUCGAUUGUGCAUGGAAACCAGUCAUGCAGUUCACACGUUAUUUCGUUUCUUAUUCAAGCCUAUAAGAGAGCCUUACCAGUUUAUCUACCAGUAUAUUUGAUUCCUGCACUUAUAGUUCAUCGUCAGGACCUCUUGAAAAGGCCUUACACAAUACUAGGAAAAGGUCUUCUUGGUACUGCAAGAUCAAGCUUGUUUCUGUCUGUAUAUUGCUCAUCAGCCUGGAUGUGGACGUGCAUACUGUUCAGGAUUUUCAAGAAAUGUAAUAUUCCAAUGGUGGCAAUGGGAACGUUUCCAACAGGUCUAGCUUUGGCCAUCGAGAAGAAAAGCAGGCGUAUUGAAAUAUCACUCUACUGCCUUGCUCGGGCCAUUGAGAGCUUCUUCACAUGCAUGGCCGAAGCUGGGUACUUGCCGCAGUCAAAGAACUUUAAGAGAGCUGAUGUAGUGGUUUUCAGCUUAUCAACAGCCAUCAUAAUGCACUGUUAUGCACAAGAGAGGGAAGUCUUCCGAUCCAAAUACUUGAACGUUCUUGAUUGGGUUUUCGGUGUUCCACCUCCACCAUGUGAGACUCCUCGCUGCAAAAAAAAAUUAGAAACCGAAUUGGGUUUUCAAGACACGGUUUGAGCCCCUCAAGCCAUUCAUUGCUGGAAGAGAAACUAUAAUCAAGUCAUUUUUUAUACAACGAGAUUGCAUUCAUAUUUUGGUAA